UUCAUAAAAGUGAAAGUGAAACCUAAGCAAGCUCUGUCACUGGCUCUGCUCUGUUCUCAGUAAACUGCAACAUGAGCAGCCGGUCUGUGCAGGGUUGCUAGGCAGGACGGGACACAGACAGGGCGGGGAAAGGGUAUAAAUAUUACAUCCACACUUCCUGAUCAGCACAGAUGGCUGAUACACAGAUGACUGCUGGAGAAAAACAAUGCUUCUAUUUCAUACUGGGAUUUAAAGACACAUCUUUAUGGAAACAUCUUCAUUAGAAUAAAGAAAAGGGUAAAUGGCCUGUAAUAAAACCAUGCUGCUUGCUGGAAAUACAAACCUACGCAGGUUACAAACAACACAUGAUUUGUGUGUAGUAUGUAGACAAUGCUGUAAAUGGACAACUGAUAUAUCAUAUAAAAUCGUGUCCGUUGCUCAUCGGUGCUCAAAAGACAUUAUAUUAGUCAGACAAAAGGGAAACAAUGGCCGAUGGAGACCAGUGGCCCAACGGCCAAAGUUCCCAAACCCUGCGAAGUAUGAAGUGUGCUGGCACUAUAUUGAGGGGAAAGGAUGUACAGUACAUGGGAAUAGGUGCUCUUAUGCAAGAACCACUGAAGAAGCAACAGUGUGGAACUUCAUGAAGAGAGAAUGCCUUGAGUUUACCCAGCUCAUUAACAUGUUACCCAAUGGCUCUACAUGCUCUACCUCUCAGGAAAACCUGGCACCACCACCAGGAAGCUCCAGCGCAGUGCAGAGAAUCCUUUCCUCAUUCCAAGGAACAUUUGUGGAACUCUGCAGUACCUGCUUUCAUGAGAGUCCUCAAAAGAUUUCCUCAAGAAAGCAAGCAAAGUGUUGUGUUGGACACAACUGGAAACCCACUCUGGUCUUUUGCCAGAAGGGUGAGCAGAGACGGGUGGGCUACGAUGAGAUCCGGCACCUGCCUAGGCGAACGUAUAAGAAGUGGAGGUACUGUAAGUAUGUGGAGAACAAUGAGAAAUGCCUGCAUGGUGCCAAUCGCUGUUGGUUUGCUCACAGUAGCAUAGAGAAGAUGGUGUGGGAGUUAGAGACUACAGGAAGUCUAGAUCGUACUCUUCUCCUCCAGGCUUCCCAGCAACGUCAACCACAAAGUUCUGGAGCAAGCUCACGCCCAGUGCCCCAAGAACAGGAACGACAGCACUACUGCCACGUGUGUGAAUGCCAAUUCCAAACAAAUGAGGACUUUAUGAAUCACUGUUUCACUAUAAAACACAGAAAACUGGUUUUCGGAGACAUGCCCUCUGCAUGGCGUUACCGUGAACCACCGCUAACAAGCAAAGUCUUUAAGCUGUGUGAAAGACGAAGCACAUGUGAGUAUGGAGAUAGCUGCAUGAAUGCACACAGUAUGGAGGAACUUCAGGAAUGGCGAAAGCGACACAAGUUUGUUCGGAAAAAACUCAAAGCAGUCGAGGAGCAUGGAGUUCUGUCCUACCAGGACUCUCUGCUAGAAGAGUACAAGCAAAGCCCUGACAAAGAAAUGAUUAUGAGGGAAACUGUUCCAUAUGCAUCUGUUAGCUGUGAUUCUGAUCUCAGCAUCUUUGUAAGACAAGAGAAGAUAUAUCACAUGUGGAAAUUCACCAUUACAUCAGAGGAAGCUCUGGAUGUGGUUGCUUUAAUGAGGCAGGACAUUGGGGCAAUGUUUACCCUUGGUGAGGAUGCAGGUGAAGAACGAUCAUACUCCGAAAGCGUUUGGUUUCUAAGGGGACACUCAACCAACAAUAAAUUUGUGUAUGACAUUAUAGUGUCCUUCACAUCAGAACGACUCGGCCUUUAUGAACAAUGGCUGGUGUUUGACUUUGAUAGAAGGCCAGUUCUGCUGCAAAAACUCCAAGUCAGAGUAGGGGAAGCCUUCCGACACCUUGAGACACCAAGCAGUAGUGCACUGGAAGAAGAGAGGGCUAAACACUCUCUACAGGUCUGGCAAGACGGCACUGUAGAAAUUGUCCCAAUCUUGGAAAGGACAGAGCAGGAGAAUGAACUGCUACAAAGGUACCGGCCGACAAUGGGACACCCGAACAAAGGGACCAACGGACUUGGCUCCAUCAACUGUAAGAAUUACAAAGAGAAAAUGCACUGUUUUCUUUACCGAGAAGAAAUAACAGAAGAUCAGCUGGUUAGAAGGCUGAAUCUACGAGGGAAGAUGUCUCUUAAAAAGAUCAUAAACCAAUGGUAUGAAACUAAAUUUGCCAUUCCAGGGGAGCUUUUUGGCAGCGUGUCUAUCGCCCACUCCCUCACUCCUGAUACACCAGAGGGCUACAUGCUGAAGAGGCAUGUUCAGUCAGCCCUCGUGGGCCUGCCGAGUCCUAAAGCUGGCCUUCAGCGUGUGUAUGAGGCUAUAGUUCUCAAGGACAUGGUUGGUGAGACAGAAGUGCAUUUGAGCCUCUCAGGAAAAUGCUGCACUGAACUGAAUCUCAAUAAUGAAACCACGGUUGAGAUGGAGAUUCAGUUCCAGUUAGACCGCUUGGGGUUCUGCGAUAUGCACAAGGCUGUGGACAUCUUGCCAGACCUUAAUAGGGUCUUACCUGACCUGACAGACAGCAAUGCCCCAGUUCCAAUCAAAUCAAGUCCAGGAGAGCUCAAUGAAAAGCAGCAAGCUGCUAUGGACUUCAUACUAGGAACAUCUGACCAAGAAGGUAACACGGCUCCACUGCUGAUAUAUGGGCCUUUUGGAACCGGAAAAACUUUCACUCUUGCGAAGAUUACACUGGCCCUGGCAAAGAAGCCACAAAACAAAAUACUGAUCUGCACACACACAAACAGCUCUGCUGAUCUUUACGUCAAAGAUCAUUUCCACACUAGUGUGACAACUGCUGACGAUGCAGCCAGACCUCUCAGAAUAAAAGCGAAGGAAAUUCCUCUCAAAACUACUCAUCCCUACACUCUACAGUACUGCCAUUUAUCCAAGGAUGGAUACACUUUUGACUUUCCUGACACUGCAACAUUGGAUGCAAAAAGAAUCAUUAUAACAACUACUACACUGGCACGAUUCUUCCACGACCUGCAGCUUCCACCCAACUACUUCAGUCACAUUUUCAUUGAUGAAGCCUCUCAGAUGCUGGAGUGUGAAGCACUGAUGGCUCUUGGCUUGGCAGGAGAGAAGACUCAGGUCGUUUUAGCCGGAGAUCACAUGCAGAUGGGACCCAGGCUUUUCUCUGUGGAGGAGGACAAACGCUCAGACCAUACCAUCCUUAAUCGUCUGUUCCAUUACUAUCAGUCAGAGAACACCACUACUGCCAAAAACAGACGGAUUAUCUUCAACGAAAACUACCGCUCCACAGUAGAAAUCGUGGAUUUUGUGUCCACCCAUUUCUAUGUUGGCAAGAAGGAUGUGAUCAAAGCCAAAGGAAAUGUCUCUCCUCACCCAGACCAAUGUGCUCUACAGUUCGUCCAUGUUCGUGGAGAAUGCCAUUUGGACUCAAGGACCUUGACUUGGUUCAAUCCAGUACAAAUUCAAAGUGUCGUUGAGGUUGUCCAGGAUGUACUGAACAAAUGGCCUGAGAAGUGGCAAGAGCGGGAUCCAACAUCUAUCUGUGUCGUUUCACAGGGCAGUCAGGUGACAGAAAUAAGAACCAGACUAAGAUAUGCAAAACUCGGUUUGGUCACUGUAGAGAAUGCAGAAAACGUGCAAGGAAAACAAUUCAGAGUGAUCAUAAUAAACACUGUGCACACCAAGGACAGCCUGAAUGUCUCAGAGGAAACCUAUCUUGAAUUCUUCAAUGACAUGCGUGUGCUGAACACAGCCAUGACCAGAGCUCAGUCCCAAGUAAUUGUAGUCGGAGAUGCUGCUGCUCUUUGCUGCUCCUACUUUGGAAAGUGCUGGAGGCUGUGGAGGUCUUACAUAGAGCAUUGCAUCAACAGAGGGAGUGUUUAUCCUCAAGACUUCACCUUAAACAGUUUGAAGCAAGAACUUCUAGAACUCUCAAACAUGAUCAAGACUGAGGAUGAUGACAGCAGUGACGAUGAAUCAACCACUUCAGAGCCAUCAGACACUGAGGAGGACCCCAUACUGAAAGAGCUACUGGAUGAGCAUGAUUUGCAGAUCAAUUUAACUGAGGAAGGACUGUUUCCUGUUUUACGCUCUGACAAUCUUGACAACAAUCUGGUGAGGUACAUGAGGAGGAGCGAAUCUCCCGAAUCACAUGGAGCACAGCAGAACAGCUCUGAUAUUUACAAGUGUGAGAUCGUUUUGGAAAGGUAUGACUCAGGCUAUGCCAUGCCACUUGAUGAGCCCGCCUUACGCAUAGACAUCAAAGGCAGGCAUAAUUUGGGACAAUCGUUUUCUGGAGAUGUGGUAAGUGUGGAGAUUUUGACCUCUGAGACAUUUCCUCCUAAGGGAAGAGUGAUUGAAGUGCUCAAGCAUUCAGCUUUGACCAAAGAGUUUGUCUGCACCAUUGACACGAACGAUAAUCAAGUGAUGACACCAAUUAACAUCUGCAUUCCUAAAUUAUUCACACCCUUUUGGAAGGACAAACCAAACCACAUUGCCAUCAGAAAUCCAGAGAAACGGAAUGCAGAGAAGUUCAUCAGGAUUAACGAGAAAGCCCGCAGGAACCAUCUCUUCGUUGUCAAAUUCUUAAGAUGGGGGAAGCGUUUCAAUUACCCUUUGGGAAUGGUGAUCAAUGUACUUCCCAAAGUUACUUCACUAGAGGAAGGAUUGAAGGUACUUGACAAAGAGUACCAACUGGAAAGAACUGUUCCUCUGCCUGUUCAAAAAGAAAUGGAGAGUUUCAAAACAACUCCUUUACUCACAAAUGGCCGGAAAGAUUUCCGUGACCUACUGACAUUCACCAUUGAUGCUCCAAAAUCACAAGACCUUGAUGAUGCCAUUAGUGUGAGAGAUUUAGGAGAGUGCUAUGAAAUAGGGAUUCACAUAGCUGAUGUCGCGAGCUUUGUGGAUAAAGAUAGCAAACUGGACAAGUAUGCAAGACAGCAAGGAACUGCAUUCUAUGUUUCAGAAAGGGAACCGACAUAUAUGUUCCCUGACAAAUUGAGUACCAACGACUUCAGUUUACUCCCUGGCAGUGAUCGACGGUGCAUUUCCUUGAUGACUGAAGUUGACAAGAAGACACAUCGCAUACAAAAGAGAACAUUUUACAAAUCAGUGAUUCGCUCCAAGAAAAGGCUGUCAUACGAAGAAGCUGAAGAAAUCCUAAGAUCAUCAGGCAACAAUGACUUCGACACUUUGGAGGGGUGUCUUGUCAAAGCAUUCCAGUUUGCUGAGGUUCAUCGGAAAUGCAGAAAACAGAGUGACUGGUGCUACAAAUCUCCUGACGAGGAUGUAGUUAUUGGAAGAAGACAGUCUCAGAAGCUGGUGGAGGAGCUGAUGAUCAUGUUUAACCACACAGUCGCUGAUCGGCUUCUGUCCGAGAAGAAAACUACGAGUCUAACUCCUCUUAGGUGCCAGGACAGGCCAAAUCCGGACGAGCUUCAUAAAUUCUAUGAAAGAAAUGUCCCUAUGCUUCCGAUGUCCAUUCAUUUGUCAUCCCAACUCAAUCAUUAUGAGAAGAAUGAUGAUACUGAACAGGAGACAUUCUUCCCUAUAUUGACAUCUGUCUUGAGGAAUCUUCAGAUUGCUGCACAGGAAAAAGAUGUCUACAAGUUACUGGAUCUCAUUACAACCGAUGAUCUUCACCCCCUACUUCUUCCUCUCGUGAUUAACUUAAGGAGGCUCAUUUACAAAUCACAUGUAUUACGUGCCAACUCCACGUACACCUCCCGCAUUGGGCACUAUGAUUUGGAGCUUGACUGCUACACCUGGGCUUCUUCUCCCAUCCGACGCUAUGUAGAUGUCAUUGUACAGCGACUUCUUCACUCUGUACUUGAGGACGAUAGAGUACAGUACACUCCACAAGAAGUUGAUCAGUGCUGUGUUGAUUUUACCCUGAGAAACAGCAAUCAGUCUUCAUGCCAGAGGGCAUCUCAUCAUUUGAGCUUUGCAUCAAAGCUGUCUGCUCAAAAUGAAGAAAAACUGGCGUACAUUGUUGAAGUGAGUCCUUCUGGAAACAACUUCCAGAUAAGCUUUCCACUCAACAGAACCUCCCUGCCAGACACAGUGGGCAUAAUGUACAGAGAUCUCCAGUUAGAGGAUCAACCAAGGUAUAUUGAAGCAACUGACUGCAUGGUACUGCGAUGGAGGCGAAGGGUGUAUUCUUUAACUAGUCCCAGCAUCCAUACUGAGCUGAAGCAACACGAAGCAAACUCACGUGGCAAGUUCAUAACUGACGUGCCUAUGGAGUCCUGGAAACGCUUGGUGUCUGCUAUCAGAAAGGAAGAAUGGGAUGUCAUGUUUGAGGAGGUUGAACAAUUAAGCUUGACUGAUGUGAGACGAAAAACAACCGUGCAGCCAGCAUUAAUUGGAGCAAGGAUGGAUAUGUUGAAUCAGAGAGAGGAGCAUUACAUUGAACUGUCUCUGGAGCUGAAAAAGGGCAAAAUGAUCGAGGUACAGUUGGGAACGGACACUUAUCGGGGACUUUUGGUACCAUCCGUUCAACUGCUUGUUGUGAACCCGAAAUUUGAGAUCUGCUUGGAGCACACAAAGAAUCCAAUCAUGUGCUUUUCAAAAUAUGCACUGUUCUCCUCAAGUGAAUCAUACAGCUCUUAUAUGGAGUAUCAGAGAAUAUGGAAACCUCUGUGCAAAAUGGACUCGGCCUGUAGCGCUGUGGCCGAAAACGAGAGCAUCGUCAUUGAAGAUGCAUCGCUGGAAUGGGACAGGUCCGAAGAUGACCUCCGGGGAUCUUUUCGCAUGCCUGUUGACAAGAAAGCUCAGUGGGCUAUUGAGUCAAACCUGAGAAACUGUUUCCUAUGCAUCCGGAUGAGAAUGCAGCAGAAGGACCAAAAUCCAAUUCUGGAAGACUCUGAUUCUAAAGAUAUGGAUCUCGUGGAUGUUCCUGGUCUCAUUUGGAUUGCUCACGCAGUAGUCACCAAAGUCACAGGAGAGGAGAAGUCAGUGAAGUCGACAUACACAAAGAUAACUUUCCGUGUCAACCACAUGCCCAUGACAAACAUUCCAGAGAAGGUCUUCAUGGAGGGGACAAGGUUCACAGUGGAGCUGAUACCAAAACUACUACCAGAUGUACGCAAAGAGAACGCCAUUGAGAAUCUUACAUCAGCUAACAACCUUGUGAAAAACAUUGCCAUGGGUAAAAAGACACAAGAUGAAAGAAACACAAUCCAAAAAUGUAAUCAACCCAGAUUUGAGAUUGAGAAUCAUCGUUCUUUGGGGUAUCCACAACUGAACAACAGUCAAUGCAAAGCCAUAAGGGAAGCAAUGAACAACGAGUUUACUCUUAUCCAAGGACCACCAGGGACUGGAAAGACUGUAGUUGGCGUCCACAUUGUGUACUGGUUCUUCAAACAAAACCAAAAACUUCCACCUUGUCAAAAACUUGGUGAUGAAGACCUAAAGAAGAGAUGCAUUUUGUACUGUGGCCCAUCCAAUAAGUCUGUUGAUGUGGUAGCAGGUCAACUCCUGAAGCUUAAAGAGAAAUUAAAACCACUGAGGGUCUACAGUGACCAAGUGGAGAUUAUGGAGUUUCCUUACCCGGGCAGCAAUCUGAAGAUUUCCCGUCACUGUCAAAGAGUGGAAAAACCCAAUGAAGCACUCAGGUCCAUUACUUUGCAUCACAAGAUCCGCAUGACAAGCAAUCCCUACCACAAGCAAAUACUGGAAUUUGAUGAGAGAAUCAAAGCAGACCAGUACCUCACUGAUGAAGAAAUAAAAUGCUACAAGGACUGUCUGAAGAAAGCUCGUAAACACGAGCUGUUGCAACAUAACGUCAUCCUCUGCACUUGCACCGCUGCCUCACAUCCCGUCCUGGCUGAUGCUCUCAACUUUCAACAGAUCAUCAUUGAUGAGUGUGCCAUGGCAACAGAGCCUGAGGCCUUCAUUCCCUUGGUCACACACAAACCAAAGCAGAUUGUUCUCCUAGGAGAUCAUAAGCAGUUGCAGCCUGUGGUCCACACGGAUUUGUUGCAGAGGCUGGGAAUGAGGAUAUCUCUAUUUGAACGUUACACAAACAAAGCACUGAUGCUAGACACUCAGUACCGCAUGCAAAAAGACAUCUGUGCGUUUCCCUCUGAAGAGUUUUACAGGGGAAAACUGAAGACUGGAAUACCUGAAAGGAUGAGUGUUUUCUUGAACAUUUAUCAAAAUCCAACCUCCAUCCUCUUUGGUCAUGUGGAAGGAAAGGAGUUGAGUCUAGUGGUCUCCACUGAAAGAGGGAACGAAAACUCAAAAGGCAACAUUGAAGAGGCGAAGGCAGUGGUACGAAUUGCCAGAAAUCUGAUCAAAUCUGGAAUAAAACCGAAAGAAAUUGCAAUCCUGACACCGUACAAUGCUCAGGUCAAUGAGAUCAGUACGGUCCUGAAUACGAAUGGCAUUAGAAAUGUCACAGUGAACACCAUCAUGAAGAGUCAAGGAAGUGAAUGGAAGUAUGUCAUCUUGUCUACUGUACGCUCUUUUCCAAUGUCGGAAAUUGAAAUACAACCAACAAAAGCCUGGCUCAAAAAGAGACUCGGAUUUGUCAUGGACCCCCACCAAGUAAAUGUGGGCAUCACCAGAGCCCAAGAAGGGCUCUGCCUUAUUGGAAAUAAGAACUUGCUGCGCUGCUGCUAUCUGUGGAGAAAACUCCUGACACACUAUGAAGACAAAGGAUGUUUGGUGGAUCCUGCCUGGAACAUCCAGUGUACACUUGCCUGAGCUACAGUGAGACCACAGAAUAAACUGUUGCACUAGUAAUUAAUGUACAGCUAUCUUGUUUUUCAUGUUGUCAUUGUUGUACAAGUUAAUGUUAAUGUUUCAUGCAUUUGUAUUUAAUCAUUCUGUAAAUAUUGUAAUAAAGAGAAUAAUUAAUAUAAGCAUUUUUUAUAUUCUGUUUGUAUAUAAGAAAAAAGUAGUUGCUUGUUUUGAUCGUGGUCAUAAAAUAUUGUACAACAUUGUAAUACAAAGUGCGAUUUUACAAUUUUAUGAUUUAUUAAAUGUUAUUAAAUGUUGCUAAGCAAAUGAA